AUGCGCGAAAGCCGCACCCGACGAACAAGAAAUACGGCACCCCGAGAUGCCGCGGGGCAAGGCCAACCUACCCCAUAUACCACCCAAGGAGCUCCAACCACGUCUCGAGCGCAGUACGGCUACGCGAAGCACUUACCCCGGGCUGAAAAGCUUCCCCUCUCCGGUUACCAGCUCCUCGCGUCCAAGCUCUCGCCGAGCCACGUCGGCCCUUCCACGAUACAGCCGGUGUACCGCCGCUUCGAGACCAUGAACCACCGGAUAUUACUGCACCUGCAAGACGAGCUGGCGGAGAUGGAAGAACAGCUGCAUCGCCUCGACACGGCAGACACGCAGACUAGGAGGCUACAGAGUUGCAUUCUCCCCGCUUCCAGACGGUCGGACUACCUCGCAGGAGGCGAACUCCAGUGGCACAAGACAGAUAUCCUAGGGAAGAUUGGAUUCAAGCUGGAGCAGUAUAACCAUGUGUUGUCCUCGUUCGAAAAGACGCAAAACAUGUCGACGCCUUCCAAGGCCGAAGUCGAGGAGUACCGAACUUUCCUCGAGACGCAAAAGCCAAUCACCGAGCUCGAGACCAGAUUCCUCGAUUUCAACGACGACCUAGUCGCCAUUGGCCGACCGCGCUCCAGCCCCUUGGGAAUUCCCCAAAAGGACGGACAUGCGCCAUCCCUCAAAGAGAAAGAGGUCGAAAAGACCUCCCAAUCUCUCGCGCCGACUAUUACCCGCCCCGCGACGGAACCGUCUAUCCCAUCUCUCGCCGCCGGACUUGCCAUCGCAGUUCUCCUUCCCAUCCUCGCGUUUCCCACGAUACCCAGCUUUUUCGGACGCGCCGUCGUGAUUUGCCUCGUGGCGAUCGGCUUUUAA